AUGUUCCUCUUAUCGUUUUACCUAAUGGAUAAGAUUGUUGAGCAGCUGGUCAAAUCCCGGGUGGGCCUGAAACCGCUGCUGGUUGGGGUCUCUGGGUGCCAGGGCUCUGGCAAAACGACACUAACUAACCGCGCAGCACAGGAUUUGAAUGACCAAGGCAUUGCGACGAUUGCCAUUUCCAUUGACGACUUCUAUCUUCCCCAUGCUGACCAGGUAAAGCUGGCUGCCCGGGGAAAUCCGCUGUGGCAGAAACGCGGCCUUUUUGCCAGCCACGACGUAGAGUCGAUGAUCAAAGUGCUUCAGGACCUCAAAAGCGGCUGUGAUACAGUGGUGCCUAUUUACGACAAGUCGCAGUUCAACGGCCAGGGCGACCGGGUAGGCCUCCGCCGAGUCACCGGCAAGUACCAGGCCAUUCUGAUCGAGGGCUGGUGUCUUGGGUUCCACUCAAUUGGCAAGCCUGCUAUUGAAAAGGCCCUCGAGGGCCCCGGCUUCCCGGCAACAAAGCUGUACAAGCUCGCGGACCUCGCCGAGAUCGACGACGCCAUGCACGCAUACGAACCGGUGUGGUCUGCGCUUGAUCUCACGGUUUAUUUGCGGCCCGAGCAGCUCGACUUUGUGUAUUCCUGGCGUCUGCAGCAGGAGCACGACCUGCGGUCCAAGCUCGGAACUGGCAUGUCCGACGACGAGGUCAAGCAGUUCGUCGACCAGUACAUGCCGGCCUACGAGCUGUACAAAGACACUGUCAAGUUCGAUCUGUCGUUCCUACUUCACUUCGAUAGAAGCUUCGAGCGGCUCAAUUAA